UUUCUCGCCGGUAUUCCACGCCAAUCCAAUGGCGGCCCCUCGCAUCUCGUCCGCUGGUGACCACGGAGUGAGCGUCGAUCCUGCGGCGGUUUGCUUCGCGGCAAAGACUCACAAAAAAGAGAGCAGAGAGAUUUGGGAAAAGACAAGGACAGAGGGGGUGGCUGCCUGGAAGUGUGUGAAUCUGCAGUCCUGACACACAUACACACACUUAGACGCACACACACACAGGGCAUGAUCCACGUGUCUUGUUUGUAUGUCUGUGUGCUGCCAGUGCUUGAGAGAAUGACAAAAGGAGAUGUUUCCCUGGACCACCGGCAACUUAGCGCAAGUCUGGAUGUAACCUGACCCUGACUUCUGGGCCCUUUGUGAAGAGGCAGGAUUUUGUUGUCGUUGCUGCUUCAGUCAGGGUGGGGUUCAUGGCUUUUUGAGGGUUAGCAGUGUCUAGUGACCGUUUGUUGCAGGAUGGGGAAAAAAGGAAAGGAGGAAGGUUUGGCUAUUGGCUGCAGAGGGACGAAACGAGACGAGCGGGUAAGAUCCUAAUUAGAGCAGGGAAAGGAAUAUGGGAGAUAUGAAGACACCAGACUUUGACGACCUCCUUGCGGCCUUCGACAUCCCUGACAUGGUGGAUCCCAAAGCUGCUAUUGAAUCUGGCCAGCAAGAUGACCAUGACGACAAAGUCAAGCAAGCAAAGUGUGGGUCAACAACCAACGAAGACGUUGGUGUAAGUGUCAUUGUCAAGAAUAUUAGAAAUGCCGAAACAAGUCACCAUGUGGGAGCCCUGUUCGGAAAAGAUUUGCAGUUCCAUCACCAACCUCAUUCAAUAAGAAUUGGCAAUAGACUACAAAAUGGCUUCUUGACCUCCAUGACAACCAGUGCUCAUUGCACCAAGAAUGGAUGGAAUAUAUCCAAAGUGGAUGGACAUGCUGUAUGCAAGCAGUCAUCACCCUGCAAUCAGUUCAGUCCUAUCUCCAGUGCGGAAGAGUUUGAGGAGGACAAGAAUGAAGUAAGUGAGACGAUUAUUAAAAGUAUUGGACGCUCACUUGAGAAGUCCAGGACCAAGAGAGAGAGACAGCAGUUAAAACAUCCUACACCUGUGGAGAAAGUUUCUAAGUCCAAAGCAAAGCACUUAAAACCAGAUCAAAAUAACAAUCAAAAUAUCACUCUGGAAGAUUCGGUGUCCGAUGACACUCCUCAAUCGAAUUUAAUUCAAGGGGAACCCGAGGAAACUCUUCUGUUUACGCAUAGCAAAGAGAAUAAUGGGCAAACAUCCCAAAUGCAGGCAAAGACCUCUGCAAAACUUUCUUCUUGUAUUGCAGCCAUUGCCGCUCUUAGCGCUAAAAAGGAAACAACUACAGACUACAUUUUAGAUUCCUCUACAACACCGACGGACUCAAACCAAGACGUUGAAUAUUCCAGAGGUCCAGCAAAGAAACGUGAGGAGGAAUCAGCCUUGGAGUUGGCAAAGCGCCUGUUAUCAGGACCACCGGAUAGUCCCUCCAGUGUCAAAAGUGAGAGUAGCAGCACAGACACCACACCGGUCAUUCCAAAAGUCAGGAUAAAAACAAUCAAGACCUCUUCUGGACAGAUCAAGCGCACAGUCACAAGAGUCAUCCCAGACUUGGAUCUUGGCAGAGUGAAUAAAGGAGACCCUUCAGGAAAUGGCUUAACGCUAAAGGCUACUGAAGAUGCAUUUGUUUCAUCUUCCUCUUUGCCAAAUACAGUUGUUGCAACCUGCGGAGGAGGACCACCAGUAGAAAUAACUAAGCAGAUGACCAUCAAACCAGUAGCAACAGCCUUCCUGCCCGUCUCAGCUGUCAAGACAGUCGGUUCCCAAGUCAUAAACCUCAAACUCUCCAAUAACACCACAGUCAAAGCAACUGUCAUUCCAGCUGCCUCGGUACAAAGUGCCAGCGGUGCCAUCCUCAAAGCGGCAAAUGCCAUGCAGCAACAGACUGUCAUGGUCCCUGCUUCCAGUCUAGCUAAUGCCAAGCUUGUACCAAAGGCAGUCCAUUUUAGUAAUUUCAACCUUCUCUCUAAGAAUGUGUCCUCUGCUGCCAGUGAGCUCCAAAAAGCAAUGACCUCCUCCAAGCAAUCCCAGCAGCAGCAAUCACGAGGUCUUAAACAGCAAGCACUUCUCACUGGCCAGUCGUUGAAGAAACUCUCCAGGGUUCAAGUUUUCAGCAGCUCUCAAAGCUCUGUCGUUGAUGCUUUUAAUAAAGUUUUGAGUAGCAUAAAUCCUGUUCCUGUGUAUGUCCCAAACCUCUCUCCGCCAACCUCAGCCUGCAUUUCCCUUCCAGCUCGCGGCUACAAGUGCCUGGAGUGCAGCGAUUCCUUUGCUCUUGAAAAGAGCCUGACCCAACACUAUGAACGUCGCAGUGUGCGGAUCGAGGUUACCUGCAACCACUGCUCAAAAAGUCUUGUCUUUUACAACAAAUGCAGUCUGCUGUCUCAUGCUAGGAGCCACAAGGACAAGGGGGUUGUCAUGCAGUGCUCACAUCUAAUCUUAAAACCCAUCCCUGCCGACCAGAUGAUAACAGCAUCACCCUGUUCUGGACCACCCACCAUUACAGAAAGCAUCUCGUCCGCCUGUGAUGCACAGGCAUUGCCCGUUCAAACCUCGGGAAAAGUUCCAAGUGGUGCGUCGCAAAGUCCAAACCGUACACCUGUUGAGGCAGCAAUGCCCUUAGAGGAAGAUGCAUCAAAGCUCUGCAGGCACAGCCUCAAGUGUUUGGAAUGUAAUGAAACAUUCCACGACGACAGCUCACUCGCAACGCAUUAUCAACACGUUCUGGAGACCAAUGGCCAGAAAACGUGCACCGUCUGCCAAAUGCUUCUACCAAACCAGUGUAGUUUUUUAUGCCAUCAACGAAUCCACCAGCACAAGUCUCCCUACAUCUGUCCCGAAUGUGGCACGAGCUGUCGUUCUGUCCACUUCCAGUCCCACAUCACAAAGAACUGCCUGCACUACACCCGUCGAGUCGGCUACCGCUGUAUCCAUUGUAGUGUGAUCUUUGCUGAUGUUGCAACCCUGAAGUCGCACAUCCAGACUUCCCACUGUGAGAUCUUCUAUAAAUGCCCCCUUUGUCCCAUGGCCUUCAAGUCUGCACCAGCAACACACUCGCAUGCACACACACAGCAUCCUGGAUUGAAAGCUGGAGAGCCCAAGCUUAUAUACAAGUGUUCCAUGUGUGAUACAGUAUUCACCCUGCAGUCUCUGCUCUACUCUCACUUUGACCAGCAUGUGGUUGAUCAUAAAGUCCCUAUCUUCAAAUGUCCGGACUGUUCAAUGCACUAUGCACAGAAACAGCUCAUGAUGGACCAUAUAAAGGCCAUGCAUGGAACGUUAAAGACCACUGAGGCCCCACCAAACUUGGGGCUCAACCUCCCUCUUAGCACCAAGGCUACAAAUUCAAAUACCACCCACAAUGGCACCAGGAACAACAACGUUGAUGGAGGAAAUGGCAACGGUCAAAACAAGGGCGUAAAUAAAGGUGCACCUUCAUCACCAAAAAACUCAACCAAAAAUAGCUCAGGGGAGCUUAAGAACCCCAAUGGUUCAGGGUAUACGUGUGGAGAAUGCAAUACAGUUUUCACUUCCAGGGAGGUCUUUGUGGCUCACAUGAAGCAAGAACACGGCAAGAUAUUGAAGAAGCACCCGUGCCGGCACUGCGAGAAGUCCUUCAGUUCUCCGCACAGUCUUUGUCGACAUAACCGACUCAAACACAAGGAAGUGCGCAAAGUCUACACCUGUCCGCACUGCCCGACUCUCAGUCAACCGUUCACCAAGAGAGUGCUGCUGGAUCAGCACAUUCAGUUGAUGCAUGGCACCUCAGAGGAGAAAACUGCUACCUCUGAUACCAGGAACGAUUUGUCAGAUAAGAAAUCGACUGCCAACCCCAAGAGAAAGAAUGAAGAUGAGGGGUCCCCGGGGUUAAACCCAAGGAGUUUGGAUCUACAGCCUUUGAAGAGGCUCAAGGUGAACAUCCCCAAAGUUCACAGGUGCGCCGUCUGCGGCUUCACCACCGAGGACGUGGCCGCCUUCCACAAGCACAUCCCCCAGCACAAGUCAGACGGCUCGUCCUACCAGUGCCAGGAGUGUGGCCUGUGUUACACCUCACCCCGAUCCAAGGCCCGACACCUCUUCAUCGUACAUCGGCUGAAGGAGCAAGGUCUCAACCGAUUCAGGGGUCAGGAUGACGACGAAAGCCAGAGGGAGAACCAACUAAACGUUGCGGCGGACGGCAAUGACGAGAUGCCAAAGACCAAAUGCAAAGUGUGCGGGAAGAUGUUUGAGACGGAGGGGAACCUGAACACUCACAUGAGGACGCACGGGAUGGCGUUCAUCAAGGCCAAAAGACUCAGUUUGGCGGAGAAGUAAAAUGAUUCAAGUAGAAUUGGAACUUUUCAACUUUAAUGGUCCUACUAUGUGCAAAAUACUGCAAUACAUAUAUAUUAUAUAUACUGUUCACACAGCACAUGUAAAAUACAGUAUAUGAGAGUCACUUUUUGUUUUUAAUUGAACAAAAUAGUUUUUGUACUUCAUGUUUCUAAAGAUUUUAAUUGAUUUUUAUAGAAGAACAUUUCAUUUUAAACUGAUUGGACUGCUGUGUAGAGCUAGUAGUAUAAUGUCAUUUUGAAAUUCUCCACAUAACGCAGAUAUUUUCAAAAUCUCAAAUUUUCUACGCCUUUUGGGUCUUUCAUCCAUGAAACAUUUUAGAAGAAUUCCGGUUUUUACUUAUUUGGCCUGGGCCUCUUAAAACAGCAAUCCAAUUUUGCUCUAGAAUAUAAUUUUUACUGAAUUUGAUGACAUAAGAAUACGUCCAAUGUCGAUAGUAACCCCUCUGUGUGCGGAUUGUAUUUUUCUCCUCAACCUGUGUACGAGUCAACGUUAUUCUUGUUCCUUGGUACAGUGGAGAGUGUAAACGUGGCUGUUAAACUGAAACACAAAGCUAAACAACAACUAACGGUGCUUUGAAUUAUCAAUGUUUUAACAGCCAAACAUAUCAAUAAUCUGUAGGGUAGAAGGGAAGGUACUGUUUUGACAAGAAGACUUCAGUCUCUCGCUGUAAAACUGCAUGCGACAAGCAGUCUGUGAAUUGUUUAUUAGAAUGUUGUCUUGUUGCUGCUAUUGUUGCUGCUGUUUUUUUAAUCUUAUCUCUUGCAAUUCAGAUGCUUGCGCUGGUCUUUAUAUCAAUAAAAGGUGAAAG